AUGAGUGACUUCAGUAUCGAGUAUAUUUUGAACCGAGCCGGCGACAGAUAUGUGGGCACCAAUGCCUCCUUGGGAGUCCUUCAGCGACUUCGUGCCAGCUUGCCCUUCCAUCCGUACGCCCACCCAGCAUCUUAUUCCUCGAAGGAGUCUGCAGGUUCUCCUCCAGCCUCUGCUGCGGAGGCUCAGAUUCCCGUCUACGACUGGCUGCAGUACACCCGCUACCAUCCGCCCAAGUUGCCCAGGGCCCUCCGCCACAAUGCUCCCGCAAAAAGAACUCCUGGUCGCCUGCCCCGCAUCCCAUUUACUCCGCAGCAGCUGCAGGCCUUGGAAAGUGCCUACAAGGAGUCCAACUACCUAAGCGCGGAGGACGCCAACAAACUAGCGGACUCCUUGGAGCUGACCAACACGCGGGUCAAGAUCUGGUUCCAGAAUCGAAGGGCUCGCGAGCGACGGGAGAAACGCGAAAAGGACGAGAGCUGCGACUCCACCAUCUCAUCGAACGCCUCCAGUCCGGAACCGGAAAUGAUCGUUGUAUCUUGA